GCGGAACCAGUAUUGUACUGAGUGGCGAGGGGAGAGGCACGUCUGUGAGCGCUGCCAGCUGCGCCGGGAGAAGAGUAACAGAUUUCUACUGUCUGAAAUAAAGUGGAACUCAAUGGAUGACGUAGUUAGAAACAUGAACAGUCUACACGCUCUCGGCUCUGAGUAAGAGUGUGGAAUAUACUAUGAGGUACGGAAGGUCCUGUGCAAGGCAUCAUGGGCGUGCCAACCACUUCCCAGCCACUACCCUGUAGUUUCAAAGACACCAGACGACGCUGGAAGAAAAAAUGGCCAUGUAUUUCUACGCUGCAAAGCUACAUGUGCCUUUCCUCAAGGGUUUGCCGCAGACGCCAAAGAGCGGGGCGAAGUCUUGCCAGUACAACGGUCUGGACCAUGCGUCGCACUCUGCGGAGUGGGCGAGCACGCCAGAUGAUGACAACUCACUGGUGUAUGAAGAUGGCGUUCUGGUGUCUGGGUCGCUGCAGGCGCUGAUACAACAUGCAGUCCCCACAGCCGUGUACUAUCCAGAUACUGCCUACCUCUUUGCAUUCCUGUUAUCAUCGCGACUCUUCAUCAAGCCUCAUGAACUCCUGCAACGAGUGUGUGAUGUUGGAUUUACUCAGCAAGGGUUGAAGGGGAAUGACCUUUCCACCAUAAAUAAGGAUAAGCUUGGAAGAUUUGUGCCUCAUAUGGUACAACUUCUCGGGGAAUGGAGUGAAACCUUUCCCUAUGACUUUCGUGACGAACGGAUGAUGAGCGGGGUACGCACGAUGACCCACCGCUGCAUUGCCCUGGAGCCUGCUCUUUCGCCAUUAUUCUUGGAAGAUCUAGAGCAUGCAAAAAAGAAACUUUUGACAGUGUUAUAUUCUUACCAGUCUGUCCUGCAUAAUCUACUGAAUAAACUGACUCAGCUAGAAAGCCAACUGACAUCACAGAAGUCUGUCCAAGCCCAUGUGAUGGCACAGCAGUUGACUCAUAUUGAACUGGAGAAGCUUUCCUUUAUUGGUCCUGAAGAAUUUGUACAAGCAUUUGCGAAAGACAAUCUUGACGCUUGUUAUAAAGAUCUGAAGAAAACAAGUAAUCUUGAAUCUUAUAUUCAGUGGUUUAACAGACUCUCCUAUCUUGUUGCCACACAUGCAUCACGUGAAGAAAAAACACGCGUAAAGGUCAUCGAGUGGUGGAUUGAGGUAGCACGAGAGUGCUUCAACAUCGGCAACUUCAACUCUCUCAUGGGGAUCAUUGCUGGCCUAAAUAUGUCUAUUGUAUCAAGACUAAAAAAAACC